AGAAAAACAAGUCAAUACGUCUCUUUACCUGUGCUCAACAGAACAGUUCAUUGUUUUGCAGUUAGUCAAAGUUUACUUCUUGUGGUUAUUAUUAUUAUUAAUAUUAUUUGCUAUCAUUUAGUUAAGUAAGAUGGAUGUAUUGUAGAAGCACAUAAAUGAAAACUGGUUGUCCAUAGAAAUGCAGAUGAACAUUUGGAGUUGGUGACGAUUACUCCCGGAAGUGCCCAAGAGAGUAAAAGCAAUUAUAAUCAAUCACGGAAUGUGUUUCCUAUAUGAACUUGGAGAAAAUCCUACAGGUAUAUUAAUAAGUUUUGAUCACGCUGUCACGGACCGCAAGGUCAUGAGUUGAGGCUUGGCAUGACACGGGAAUGUCAUGGCAUGAAGUGGGAAAAUAAGAUAGACUAAUGGCAAAUAAAGUCUAAACUUCGGCGGUACAUAGCGAUGAGGGCGUCACCAAAUUUAAUGGGGGAGUGACUUACAUCCCCCAUAGUCGCGGCUGAUACAUCUAGAUUGCGGCUAGGAAAUACGAAUGACGCAGGCAGUGCGCUACUGUCGGACUGAAGUACCUGCGGUAAGGGACGUAGGUAGGGAAAACACAAGCACUACGUUAGGGGACGCAAGCUGAACAACACAGGAACCUGCGGCAGGGGACGCAGACAGGACCAAGACAUGAACUGCAGCAAGGGGACGUAGGCAGGCAAAACUCAGGUAGACGCAGGCAGAUUGCGACAGGGGAUGCAACAGCAACACAGGCAGAUUGCGACAGGAGACGCAACAGCAACACAGCCAGACUGUGUAGGCGACCGUAGGCUGGGGACGCAGGCAGACAUCGGCUGGGGAUGCAGGGACGAAAAUCUAGUUUUCUCGGGUGUAAACUACUAUUAUGAAAGGGAAGCAAUACCGUGGAUUAUAGCCAGUAAUUUUGGAUGCAAGUGUAUGCCAACUCGAACCAAUUUGACAACUUGCAAAAUUAGGCCAACAUGCAACUUGACAACUUGUUUGAGGAAGCAAAGUCCAACUUGGUCACCUUGAUGGAGAUGUCCACUUGCACACAUGAGUUGUAUGGAUCCACUUGUAUGGAAAGUAACAUGCCAACUAUUAUAGAGUUGGAAAGAGGCAAGACACAAUGCACCCAAGCAACUUGCAAGUGUAGAGAUAUGUCACUUACAAGGUAGUCAAUUCCAACUUGGCUACCUAUGGUCAAAAGAGGUUUAAGGCAACUUACAACCAAUGAGAACCCUUGGAUCAAGAUUAAUCCUAGUCAUUGAUGCCAACUUAGAUACCUUGAGUUUGCCUAUAAAUAGAGGGAGUGAGGGACUUGGUCAUUUGUAAAUCAAAUGUAUGGAAUGAAGGGGAAAGAGAGAAUAUUAGAGAGUUGAGAGAAAAUUCUCAUAGAUAGAAAAGAGAGUAAAGUGAGGUAAAAUAAUAUCUUUGUAGAAAGAAAAUUGUAGUGUGUUUAUAAAUAGUUUUCUCUUAUAUUUAUACAAAGAAUUUUCCCCAAACAUAUGUUUGUGCUCUUUUCCUCAUAAUUUUCCUAUCUACCUUCUCUACCAAAGUCAUCAUAUAAUUUAGCCUCAUUGGUUAAAUUAUUGUGAGGGUAUCAGGCUGACUUAACGCUAUCUCGUGGGGACGGAAGUGUUGGAGCAUUAAGGCCGCACGAUUCUAGCGUAAUUCAAGUGUAACGAAACUAGGCCCGUGAUAAGUGGUAUCAGAACAAGGUUCACGUGGGGUUGAACCAAUUUUUCAUCUCAGAGGUGAGGUGACGUCUGUGUAAGGUUCAUGUGGUGUGGACUACGGAGGCGGUAUCAAGGCGAAGGUUUGGUAGUGGCAACCAAGUGCGACUGUGGUAGCCAGAUUCGCGGGAGAUUCUUGGAAGCUAGAUUUGGGUGAGGCACUCAAAUGGCGGAAUCUCAUGAUGCUAUUAAAAUUGAAGUAGAGAGUGGACGUGGUGUUACCCUAGUAGAAGGAAUGAGGACGCGCGGUAAGAGAAAAGCACGGAAAACUUCAAUGAUGGAGGAAAAACUUGACCCGAUCAUUAUUACUAUGGGUGAUAGGGUUGAGUCCUUAGAGCAUUCCAGGGGGGAACUGGAGGAUCAUACCAUUGGUAAGUUAGAAACUCUCCAAAUUAAUGUCCAAGAGGUGAUGGACAAUCAGGCAUCGUUGGGGACGAUGUCCAGGCGAUGAAGCAUGAUGUUUAGAUUGUGGGAGUCAGACAAGCCGCUGCGGGUGAAAAUUUCACCCUUCUGCAAGCCAAAGUCAUUGAUGUUGUUUGUGCAAUACAAGGGCAAGUGAACAUGUUGGCUAUGACGUUGGAGAAAAUGAGCCAUGAGUUCAGGCAAAUGAAGCUAUCAACUCCUUAUACUAGCGGAGGUGCCACUACAAGUGUUGUUGCCCCGAUAAUUGACUACCCAAAGCCGAAAGAAUAUGAUGGCCGUAGAGAUGCCGCAGACAUGGAAAAUUUCCUAUGGCAAAUGGAAGUAUACUUUGAUGGUAUAAAUAUUGUCGAGGCGGCAAUGAAGGUACAAACUACAUCAAUGUAUCUCUCGGAUAUUGUGGCGUUGUGGUGGCGUCGUAAGCAUGACGAAAUUGCAAGGGGAGCUUGCAAGUUUGAUACUUGGGACAAGUUCAAAAGGGAGAUAAAGAGGCAAUUUUACCCGGAGAAUGUCGUUUAUGAGGCUCGCAAGAAAUUGAGGGAAUUGAAACAUACGAGAACAAUUCGUGAAUAUGUCAAAGAGUUCACGACCCUUAUGCUUCAAAUCCCAAGCACGCCAGAUGAUGAUUUGCUAUUCUAUUUUCUAGACGGUUGUGCUACGUGGGUACGACAAGAGUUGCAAUGUCGAGGUGUCAAAACCGUAGACGAGGCAAUUGCAGUAGCUGAAUCCUUGACGAAGUUCGAAGAAAGUCUUCAAGCUGAAGCUAAAACUAUCAAGCCCGCCAAAGGAAAUUUUGGAGGUAAUAAGGAAGAUACAAGGAAAGCCAUGCAAUGGAGUAAGCCAGAUUGGAGGCAAAAUUCUAAGGGUGAUUAUGGACCUGAUGGCAACACACAAGCUUUUUUAAGAAAGGAGUAUGAUGAGAAGAAGAGGAGUAAUUUUACACAGGGAUUGUCCUAAGUUGGGAUCAUUGGCAUCCAUUUCCAUUUCGGAGAGCAAACCAAAGGCCAUGGAUAGCCAAGAUGAGGAUAAAGUUCAAAUUAAUACAUUCCAGCUGUUUAAUGCUAUGAGUGCUGAAACAGUUUCUGUGGGGAUAGAAACACAACUACUGUUGGUGAUGCAGGUAGCGGAAGUCCUUGAAGAUGAUAAAGACAUGAUGCUCGCGGAGUUGCCUAGGGAACUAUUGAAAAAGAAGGAAAUUGAGGAAGCAUUGUCAAAGAGGUCAGAAAUUGGGUGCACGAAGGUCCAAAGCUUCGACAUGUGUGGGGACACUACAACCGGAGGAGUUGUCCAUUCGAGGAACCAA